UGUCGUUUUAUGUUCAUCAUCCCUUAUCCAUUGAUUCAUCAUCCUCACAAGAAUUGAUUGAGAACAGAGUAAGCAGCAAUGGCGCUACUACGUACUAUUCCAUGUUCAACUCAAUUAUCCACAAAACAACACUUCGACUUUGAAAACAACAACAAGAAACAUUCUUCUACAAAUCCCUUCUUUUCUUCUUCUUCCUUUCACUCUCAUCUUCGUCUAUCCAUUUCUCAUACCUCAACAACAACCCUUAUCAGAACAAAACAACACUCUAAUUCUACUCUCAGAUUCACCUCUACUUCAGAACAACAAAUUCAAGUAACCACCGAAGAACAACAACAACAAGACACAGAAAAAGAACAAAAACAAGAACAAGAACAAGAAGAAGAAGUGUCUCCUACUAGGUUGCUUGCUCAGAAUUUUCCAUGGACAAGUACUGCUGAAGAUGUUCGUACUUUGUUUGGAAAAUACGGAAAAGUUGUUGAUGUUGAGCUUUCUAUGUAUAAUAAGUACAGAAACAGGGGUUUAGCUUUUGUGGAAAUGGGUUCCCCUGAAGAUGCUCUUGCUGCUUUCAAUAGUCUUCAAUCGUAUGAGUUUGAGGGCCGUGUAAUAAAUGUCAAAUAUGCUCGGCCUAAAAAGGAGAAAACACCGCCACCAGUGGGACGAAAUCCGAUAACAUUUAAAUUGUUUGUUGCAAAUUUGUCCUAUGAAACAAGGGCUAAAGAUCUCAGAGAGUUUUUUGAUUCGGGAACUAGUAAAGUUGUUUCUGCAGAUGUUGUAUUUCGCGAGAAUCCUAGAAGGCCAGCUGGUUAUGGAUUUGUGGCCUUCAAGUCCAAGAAAGAAGCUACUGAAGCUCUUUCCGAGUUUCAAGGAAAGACUUUAAUGGGAAGGCCAAUUAGGGUUGCACCUGGUAGGCGAUUUGUUCAACCGGUAGAGGAGAGUGCAGGAUCUGAAAAUACAUCUUUUGAGUCGAGCGUCAAUGAGGAGGCAGAAGUUAACAAAGCUGAUUGAUAUCAUUAUUUUCUUGCCGCAUAUCAAUAUUAUAGAUGCUGUAGUUUGCACCAUUGUGAACUUGCGAUUGAACGGAUAAAAGAAAUGGAUAGUUGUAAGCACAAGCAUUUCUGUGAUUCAAAAACGAAUAUUCUUUGUUAAUGAAUUGAUGACAUCUCCAUAAAAUCAAUAUAUAUUCCUUGCAUAAUUUGAAAUGGUUAGCCUGAUACUGUAUCAUAAGAAAGCAAGAAAUGUAUCAACAUUAUUAAUGAUGUUUGCAUCUUCAUUGGUUACUUCAUAAUGAAAUGUGACUGCAGCCUAUCUGAUAA